GGUAACUUUUACUCAUCUCCUCCAAUUAUUUCUGAUUUCAUGCAUGUUUCCCUACAUUCUAUUAUGAAUCGUGUUAUGGUGUAUAAACGUUGUUUCAUAUCUCAUCUCAUCUAUUCUGAUUUUGAUUCUCUUGCCUACUGUAAUCGGUGAUAAAUGUGAAUGCUUCCUUUCUUCUCAGAAAUCAAUUUCUGUUUUGUUUUUGUUCAUCUGUAGCUUAUUCUCUGGUAGAUUCCCCUUUUUGUAGACCACACAUCACAUGGCAAGCAUCACAGCUUCACACCACUUUGUGUCAAGAAGCCAAACUUCACUAGACACCAAAUCAACCUUGUCACAGAUAGGACUCAGGAACCAUACUCUGACUCACAAUGGUUUAAGGGCUGUUAACAAGCUUGAUGGGCUCCAAUCAACAACUAAUACUAAGGUAACACCCAAGAUGGCAUCCAGAACUGAGACCAAGAGACCUGGAUGCUCAGCUACCAUUGUUUGUGGAAAGGGAAUGAACUUGAUCUUUGUGGGUACUGAGGUUGGUCCUUGGAGCAAAACUGGUGGACUAGGUGAUGUUCUUGGUGGACUACCACCAGCCCUUGCAGCCCGCGGACAUCGGGUAAUGACAAUAUCCCCCCGUUAUGACCAAUACAAAGAUGCUUGGGAUACUAGCGUUGCGGUUGAGGUCAAAGUUGGAGACAGCAUCGAAAUUGUUCGUUUCUUUCACUGCUAUAAACGUGGGGUUGAUCGUGUUUUUGUUGACCACCCAAUGUUCUUGGAGAAAGUUUGGGGCAAAACUGCUUCAAAAAUCUAUGGCCCCAAAGCUGGACUAGAUUAUCUGGACAAUGAACUUAGGUUCAGCUUGUUGUGUCAAGCAGCCCUAGAGGCACCUAAAGUUUUGAAUUUGAACAGUAGCAACUACUUCUCAGGACCAUAUGGAGAGGAUGUUCUCUUCAUUGCCAAUGAUUGGCACACUGCUCUCAUUCCUUGCUACUUGAAGUCAAUGUACCAGUCCAGAGGAAUCUAUUUGAAUGCCAAGGUUGCUUUCUGCAUCCAUAACAUUGCCUACCAAGGCCGAUUUUCUUUCUCUGACUUCCCUCUUCUCAAUCUUCCUGAUGAAUUCAGGGGUUCUUUUGAUUUCAUUGAUGGAUAUGAGAAGCCUGUUAAGGGUAGGAAAAUCAACUGGAUGAAGGCUGGGAUAUUAGAAUCACAUAGGGUGGUUACAGUGAGCCCAUACUAUGCCCAAGAACUUGUCUCUGCUGUUGACAAAGGUGUUGAAUUGGACAAUGUCCUUCGUAAGACUUGCAUAACUGGGAUUGUGAAUGGCAUGGAUACACAAGAGUGGAACCCAGCGACUGACAAAUACACAGAUGUCAAAUACGAUAUAACCACUGUCAUGGACGCAAAACCUUUACUAAAGGAGGCUCUUCAAGCAGCAGUUGGCUUGCCUGUUGACAAGAAGAUCCCUUUGAUUGGCUUCAUCGGCAGACUUGAGGAGCAGAAAGGUUCAGAUAUUCUUGUUGCUGCAAUUCACAAGUUCAUCGGAUUGGAUGUUCAAAUUGUAGUCCUUGGAACUGGCAAAAAGGAGUUUGAGCAGGAGAUUGAACAGCUCGAAGUGUUGUACCCUAACAAAGCUAAAGGAGUGGCAAAAUUCAAUGUCCCUUUGGCUCACAUGAUCACUGCUGGUGCUGAUUUUAUGUUGGUUCCAAGCAGAUUUGAACCUUGUGGUCUCAUUCAGUUACAUGCUAUGCGAUAUGGAACAGUGCCAAUCUGUGCAUCGACUGGUGGACUUGUUGACACUGUGAAAGAAGGCUAUACUGGAUUCCAUAUGGGAGCCUUCAAUGUUGAAUGCGAUGUUGUUGACCCAGCUGAUGUGCUUAAGAUAGUAACAACAGUUGCUAGAGCUCUUGCAGUCUAUGGCACCCUCGCGUUUGCUGAGAUGAUAAAAAAUUGCAUGUCAGAGGAGCUCUCCUGGAAGGAACCUGCCAAGAAAUGGGAGACAUUGCUAUUGGGCUUAGGAGCUUCUGGCAGUGAACCCGGUGUUGAAGGGGAAGAAAUCGCUCCACUUGCCAAGGAAAAUGUAGCCACUCCUUAAAUGAGCUUUGGUUAUCCUUGUUUCAACAAUAAGAUCAUUAAGCAAACGUAUUUACUAGCGAACUAUGUAGAACCCUAUUAUGGGGUCUCAAUCAUCUACAAAAUGAUUGGUUUUUGCUGGGGAGCAG